ACCGAGGCGUCGACGUCACACGUCGUUAGCACUCUGGACAGUGAGGAACUCCGCCGUGCCACCUGUUAAAGACGCCUGUCCAGGUCACCCUCACGGCCCUCAUCGCUAUCCAUCGGUAUCCAUCGCUAUUCUUCGCCGAUUUCAUUCCUCUCAUCUCCUCAGUUCGGACGAUUUCAAUAUCGAGGACUCGAUCGAGGCCGGAAGUCAUCGGCAAAGUCGCCCUUCGCGUACCUUCACGUUUGUCUUGAGAAGAGGAGUUUCGUCCUCGCGCGUUGCACUCGCUCCUUUAUUUUUGGCAAAGAAUCGCAGAGAGAGAGAGAGUAUUAAUCCAGGAUUCUCCCACGGGCCGGUUCUUCCACGGAUUCUCCGCAAAUUCAACAAAUGAACGUUGUUAAUUUACAUUCUUCCUGCACGAUGAUAUUGCUCGGCAUUCUGGCGUCUACGACGAUAAUCGGUCUCACAAGUUCCGCUCCUCUGUCAUCGUACGAGAGAAGAGAUGUGUCGGAUAAUCGUCCGAAAAUUUUCCUGUUGAUGGAUGAAAGGAUACCAGAACUGGAGAACGAGAUACUGGGCAACGAGCUCGGAUCGGACGUGACGCGCACCAAGAGAAUCGGAUCCCUGUCGAUCGUCAACAACUUGGAUGUGUUGAGAAACAGAGUCAUGCUGGAGCUGGCUCGCAGGAAGCAGGAACGGGACCAGCGGCAGAUUGAAGAAAAUCGCCGCUUCCUCGAGAAUAUUGGCAAGAGAUCGGUGCCGGUAUCAGAUGCUGGCAAGAUCGUGAGAUCCGACAAAUCGAGGAACGAUCGAAACCAACCAUUGCAGUUUAACAGAAUCGAGUGGAUCGAAGAGGAAGAUCCGUUGUUUCGCGGAUCGCAAGACGAUCAGAUGACUAGAGUGCAGGCUAACGAACUACGUCUGUUGUAACCGCGUCCUCGACCAGCGAAGAAAAACUCCAGAUCCGAUAUCUUAGCUUUAUUGCUAUAUGCGACUUUUAAUCGAUCAUCAUUAUAAUAAGUUAUUUUAUCGAUUUAUCCUUGUUUUUUCUUAUUUAUCCAUAUUUCUCGCGUGACAAGUAUCUUAUUACGAAUGAUGGCAAUUGAGACAGGCGAUACAAAGUGUAAAAAAUAUUUAAAUUUUACGAAUGAGCGUGUAUAACAGAUGCGAGCAAACCUGAUUGAAAAAUCGAAAUAUUCUGCGUAUAAUAAUUUCGAUAAUUCUCUACUAUGUAAUUCUAUUAAUUUUAGCGUUUAUUUAUUGAGUUAGUCGUAAUAUAUUAAGGCACAACCCUGCAUUUGGCUUGGCAAGAAUAAAAAAUCGCGAAAAAUGUAUUGUUCGAAGAUGCGUACAAUAAUGUAUGACAAAUUUGUGACCAUUGCGCGUAACAUUCUUCAAACAAACGUGCAAAGAUCUGAGAACUUUAUCCAAGAGCUACUUAGUUCCUUUCUAUAUCUUAGCUUCUUCGGACAUGGAGAAAGGUGUAACGAAGCAGUAUUAUACAUUGUGAUCUUGUCUAAGCUCUUCUAUUUCGCAGAGAACAUCCCCCGUUCCUCUUAUCGUUAGUAUGUAUUUAAUUGUAUCCGCAGCAUUUCUCUAUUAUUCGCACUUGCACUUGAAGACAACGCGAUGUAAGAGAGCGACAUGAGUUGAUUAAACUUAUUAUUUUACUUUUGCUAAUCUCUAUGUGAAUGUACAAAUACUUUGUUAUAUCGAUAGAGCGAUAUUGCCUCUCAUAUGUACCAGCGUCGAUCGUUGGAUGCAAGAGAUACUCGGCUGCAUAUAUGUAUCUGCAGUUUGCAACUCUGAACGUCUAUUUUCUGCAUAGUGUGUUAAUCAAAGAAAUUGUCCACAAAUCGAAUUAGCUAAAUCUUAUAAAAGGAUCCAGAAAUCAGAUAUACUAUUUAAUGUUGAGAGAAGACUAUUAUAAUACAUGAUAAGAUCAAUAAAGUACAACAAAUGUAUUCUGCAUACUAAUUUAGAAACAGUUUUAUACGAGUAUGUAUCUUAUUUUUGCUUUCUUAAUUUAAUUUAAUUUUAAUUAUUGAUAAUUGUAUGAUUGUUUUUUUUAAUUACUGAAAACUGUACGAUUGUUUCUUCUUGUAUAUUUAUUCAGUUGUUAUUUAUCGUAACAAGAGUACAAAAGCAGCGAUUAUCGAACAAAGUGUCUAAAGUAAUGCACGGGAUUGAAAGUGUUGCGGAAAAUAUAGCAAAUAAAAUGUGUAUAUGCAUUAUUAUUAUAAUUAUUUAAUAUUCGACACGAUACGAUUGUGCCACACAAAAAUAUAA